AUGGGCCGCUUACUCAACACGUUGAAGGGCUUCCUCACACCAAGCGCGCUACCGCACCUGAUCGAAGAUGAUCUAUCAAAGAACCCCAAGCGCCUGGCGGCAGUGUGCCGACCGGUCUGCCAAGACAUGUUGGAGCAGCUGAACUAUCCUGGCGCGCCUGUGUUGAAAGCAGAGUCAGUUGAAGCCCUGUUGGAGUACAUGUACACAAGAGCCGUCGAGAUUGGCGUCCCUCUCAACACUCGGAUAUCGGCCAAAGGCUUUCGUCUGGGGUACGCCGAGGGUCUGCUUGCGCACCCUAACCACUCAGUGGAAGCACAAGGCUAUGUAGGCCUUUUCACGUGGUUGGUUGUGCAAUAUGACGAUAUCGUCGGCCAGAACGACGAGAUGAUGGAGGAAGCCACCAUUUUCCAUCAACGCUUCUUCAACGGCGAGAAGCAGCCCAACAAUCUUCUGGAGGGCAUCGCAACGCUGCUGCGCGAGGCGCACGACCACUAUGAUCCAGUGCUGGCGAAUCAGCUGCAGAUCUCUGUGCUCAAAUUCCUGACGAGUAACCUCUUGGAGCGACACAACGGUUUCCAAAACAUGCGCGUAACACCGGCGGGCGCUGGUGUCAAGUUUCCCGACUUCUACCGCGACAUGUCUGGUAUGAACGUGGCAUAUGCCGUGUUCUGCUACCCAAAGGACCAGUAUCCUGAUAUGGGCGCUUUCCUGGAGGCUAUUCCUGACAUGGCCCGCUUCAUCGACAUUUCGAAUGACGUUCUCUCCUUUUACAAGGAGGAACUUGGCGGUGACGACCGCAACUACAUCCACAACCGCAUGACGGUGUGCGGAAAGUCAGUUCCAGCUGUUCUGCAGGAGACGAGCGACGAGGCAGUUGCCUGCGCCAAGCGCGUAAAUGCCAUCCUCAAGGGACGCGGCAUCUAUGCUCAGUCAUGGAACGACAGCGUGAGGGGCUACAUGGCCAUGCACACGACCAAUGUGCGCUACAAGCUAGACGACCUCGGCCUGGGCGAGGUGCACCCACUUGCGCCUUUCGAGCACAAGAUUGGUGAGCUGUUUGAGAGGAUAGAGAAGUGA